AGCUUAUAGUAAGCAAGAUGGAAGGUUAUGUGCGAGAUGAAAGUGUUUUAACGAAAGAAGUUUGAGCUCGCUUUAGCAAGGUUUCCUCGUUAGCUCGUCCUCUAGGCCUUCAAUCCUAGCUUCAUUUCAAUCUCGAUUAUCAAGGCUUUCAAAUGAGUGAAUCAGGAGUGGAUCUCAGCUUUGAUCUUCUAAGUCCUGACGACUUCGGUUCGCACGAAGAAGAAGUGUUCGAUUUUUACACGAUAAAGUCUAAAAUUCCGGAUCUUCCAAGUGACGUCUCAUCAGCCCUUGGGUUGCUGUUAGAUCGCAAGGAUCCAAUCAAGAACAUGUCAACCCCUAUAACACGGACAAAUUUCAAACAACAGCUGCAGCGUCAGCAGCUGGAGCAACAAGAUCAGCUGUUUCAGAAGCAGGGGCCUCCUGAUUUGAAAGCACACUCACAAAGCAUAGCAGUUCCCAGGACAGCAUCUCCAACAACAUUGCCGCCAGAUGUUCCAACCAGUGUGCUACAGGUCAAAACACAGUUGGAAAAUCCGACUCGCUAUUUCAUUGCACAAAAACAGAAGAGACAAGUGAAAGAAUAUCUUAAGAAUCAGGGAUCACCGUCUUCCACUGGAGAGUUGACGAUUGUUAGCAGUGCAAGCCAGCCCACCCUCAAUGCAAUUAAUCAACAAGCUGUGGCUGCCUUAUCUGCAAGUCGACUCAUGGGACAACCGGAGAGUCCAAUGGCUGUUAUGAGUGGGGAUGGAAACCAUCCUAGCGAAGUUGAUAAUUUGCUGGAAGACAUUAUAAGUCUGGAAUCAAAUCCUGUUGAAGAUGGUCUGCCAUGGGACCCAAGUCUCCAGUUAGGCUCAGUUCCUCAGGUUGCAACAGGCAAUGUGUUUGAUUUGUACAAUGGUCUGACAAUGAACACCAUGAUCCAGGCCCCUGCUGCAUCAUCUUGCCCUGCAAUGAUAAAGCAAGAGCCACAAGAUUCAGUUCUUGACCCAAAUUUUGCUAAAGACAGGCAGAAGAAAGACAACCACAAUAUGAUUGAAAGAAGAAGAAGAUUCAAUAUCAAUGACAGAAUAAAAGAACUGGGAACUCUUCUUCCAAAGCAAGAUUCUAGUGAUGUGAGGCAAAACAAGGGAACCAUUCUCAAGGCUUCUGUGGAUUAUAUAAGGAAGUUAAAGCGAGAGCAAGAUCGCAUGAGGCUGCUUGAGGAAGAAAAGAAGAACACAGAGGAAAUCAACAGAAGACUUUUGCUCCGAGUUCAGGAGUUGGAGAUGCAUGCUCGGGCACAUGGCAUUCCCACCACCCCUCUUACUUCUGACACAACCACAGCACUGUUAUCCUCCAUUUUAACAGUAAAACCUUCAGGCGAGGGAGUGAAAAUUAAGCAAGAACCUGUGGACAGUGGUUGUUUAUCCAAUUCAUGCGGCCAUGAAAACCAAGAAGCAAUGGAAGACUACUCAUUGCCCUCUUCAUGUAACCCAAGCCCUCGCUCAAACAGUAUGGAUGAUGAUAUGACUGAUUGAGCUGGCAAAUAUUCUCUCUGCAAUAAAUGGACAUGCUUAUCUGAAAUGCAAAGGGCAGAAGGUCAGCACGCCUGUGUUUUAUUAUAUGACCUCUUUCUUAAGGCCUUGAGGAGUUCAGAAAGUUGUCGAGACGGUUCUUUAGCAAGAAGAUAUAACAUCAUGCAGCCCUGCAGAUGUCCGAGAUAAAGAUAUGCAAGUGUGAUCCAAUUGAACAUCAUCCCAGUAGCUACGGUAUCAGUUAGCAACAAAUUAGUCCAAGAUGUUGACAAGUAACCACAAGAUGUCGCUGAGAAGAGAACUUAAGUAUCUUAAGGACAUCUCUAUCUUUACAGCCACUUGAUAGUCUUGGUGUCUAUACUAAAGCUUCAGCAGCAGAUUAGUCCAAGAUGUUGACAAGUAUCCACAAGAUGUCACUGAGAAGAGAACUUAGUAUUCUUAAGGACAUCUCUAUCUUUACAGCCACUUGAUAUUCUUGGUGUGUCUAUACUAAAGCUUUGUCCAUUGCUAGGCAGGAAGGGGAGGGGGGGGAGAAGGCUUUCAGUGAGUUCGGCAGAGUGGUCCUAUUAAAUACAUGGACCUCUUUGGACCAUUUCAUGGGCCAUCCUUGGCUUGUAAAAUUCUUGGGGCUAAUUUUGAUGAAACCUUGUUAUUUGCAACUUAUGUGGUGGUGAUUAAAUUGCUUAUUCUUUUCAUUUCCUGUGCACUGGAAACAAAAGGUAGCAGACUUCUGAAAAUGUUUUAAAACAGGACAGUAGUGCCAGACUUGUACUUUUGGUCUGAUAUUCAGGCAAUAAUGUUUGUGAUACAUGUUAGCCACCUGCAACUAAAUGGUACCAUCAAAAUUUUCCCUGAGAAUUUUGCAUAUUUAUGUUUGAAAUAAUUGACAUCACUUCAUUAUGUUACUUACUGGUUACCCGCACCAUCACAAGGCAGGGCUCUUAUGUGUGUUUCUGUGUUCAGUAAUGAUCAAACUUAAAAUUCUCCAACAUACAUUCAUAAUAAAAUUAUAUGAAGGAAAAAAAAGUAGUCUUACUGUGAAGCAGUUGUCAGAGUUUCACAUCCAAAAAAAAUUUUCUUAAGAUGCUUAAACAUGUUAGUGAAUGGCAGUGUUUUGAAGGUCCAUUUUAAUUCAUGUCGUUUUAUCUUGCAUAUAUUCAGUAUUUUAGCUGGGAUUUUUUUGUUUACUUACAUAUUUAGAACAAGGAAUUAGUUUUUCAAAGCUCUAGAUUGUUGACCCAGAAGUUCCAGUUGCAGUGAACAAUUUCCUACUUUAAAUUCUCACAACAUUUUUGUAGAUAAUUCCUUGAAUGAUGACCAAUUAAAAUCAGCUGGUUUUCGA